CUAGCCCUUUGUUUGUCAGCUGCGGUACAUUUCAGCGCUUGCGCCUAUUAAUUUCUACCCGUGGAAAACGGCUAUAAAUACACUUACAAAACGCGACUGCCUCUAUCGACUGCUGUUAGUUUCAUUAAGUUCUUUCAAAUGUCAACAAUUCAAAGUGUUGCAAUUUUAAUCUUGGCACUAUUGCCAAUCUUCCAACCCGGACUUGGCAUUAUGUCGCUAAUGUCUAAGAAAUCGCAUGUUGAGGACUUUGAGGGCGUUACUGCGUUAUUUGAGGCUCUUACUUCGUCACCAAACGACGGUUACACCUAUGAUUGGCAAGUGUUUUCCUUUCCCACUGAAAGUAAUGACGCUGACGAGCAGCACGGCGUAGUUCGCAAUUGUACCGUUUUGUAUCUGGACCAGUGCACGUCAUGGAAUAAAUGCAGGCAAACCUGUCAUAAGACUGGCGCAGCCAGCUACAGGUGGUUCCAUGAUGGCUGCUGUGAGUGUAUUGGUGGAUCGUGUACAAAUUACGGCAUAAAUGAAAGUCGAUGCAGAGACUGCCCCGAACCAGGGUGUGACGAAGAUGAAGAUUGAAAUUAACUUAGAAACUAUAUUUAAUAAUAGCUUAGGAAAUAAUUAUUGUAAAUUUAUUAAAAUGUGAAGUCUAAAUAAAUCUGUGUUGCCAA